CGUCUACAGACGUGUGUGCCGUGGGAUGUGGUGUACAUAUAUUACAAAUAGCUUCUCUCCAGGCUUUAUUUGGUAAAAAUUUGUAGAAGAGAAAAGUGAAACGUUAAUUCAUAAACUUCCAAAAAGUCAGUAGGUUUAUUAUCGAUCUCGGAUUGUUAGAAAAAAUCAAUAAAAAUGUUGCACGAGUGGGCGAUUUUGAUGUUGGGAAUCUUAUCAGGAGUGCAAUGUAUGUAUUCAAAUACGGAUGUAGUCGAAUUAACAGCAAACAACUUCAAGAAUCAAGUUUUGGGAAGUAAAGGUAUCUGGGUUGUUGAAUUUUAUGCACCUUGGUGUGGACAUUGUCAACAAUUAAAACCCGAGUAUGAAAAAGCAGCAACGUCCUUGAAGGAUAUUAUUAAAGUUGGUGCAGUUAAUGCUGAUGAUCAUAAAUCAUUAGCGGAACAAUAUGGUAUUCGUGGUUUUCCAACUAUAAAAAUUUUUGUCGCUGGCAAACCCGAAGAGUACAAUGGACCAAGAACAGCUGCUGGAAUCGCGGAUGCUGCACUAAAAGCAGCUACACAAAAAGUUCAAAAAAUUUUGUCACCAUCGAAGAAAGACUCUAAAGAUAGCAAAGAUGUCGUUGAGCUGACUGAUGAGAACUUUGACAAAUUGGUUUUGGGAUCAGAUGAUCUGUGGUUAGUUGAAUUUUAUGCUCCUUGGUGUGGACAUUGUAAAAAUUUAGCACCUCACUGGGCAACUGCAGCUACAGAACUCAAAGGAAAAGUUAAAUUAGGAGCCCUCGAUGCAACUGUACAUACAUUGAAGGCAAGCAAAUAUGGAGUAAACAGUUAUCCGACUAUUAAAUUCUUCGCAGCCGGCAAAAAAGAUUCAGAUUCAGUGAGUGAAUACGAUGGUGGUCGAACUAGCAAUGACAUUGUUAACUGGGCAAUGGAGAAAUUAACAGAGAGCAUUCCAGCGCCAGAAGUUGUUCAAGUAACGAGUGAAAAGAAAUUGAGAGAAGCUUGUGAAGAUAAACCACUCUGCAUUGUUUCUGUCUUGCCACAUAUUCUCGACUGUCAGUCGGAUUGUCGAAAUGAAUAUUUGAAUAUUCUAAAAACUCUUGGCGAGAAAUAUAAGAAGAAGCUUUGGGGAUGGAUAUGGUCGGAAGCUGGAGCACAACCAAAUAUUGAGGAAGCUUUGGAGAUUGGAGGUUUUGGUUAUCCAGCAUUAGCGGCAGUUAAUAUUAAAAAAAUGAAAUAUUCUCUUCUUAAGGGAAGUUUCUCUAAGGAUGGAAUCAACGAAUUUCUUAGAGAUUUAAGUUAUGGACGUGGAAGUACAGCUCCUCUUAAAGGAAAUGAACUUCCAAAGAUUUACGAGACGGAACCUUGGGAUGGUAAAGACGCUGAACCACCACAAGAGGAAGAAAUUGAUCUCAGUGAUGUUGAAUUAGAUGAAAAGGAUGAACUCUAAACAUUUGAGUCUUAAAUAGACUGAUCAUACUUUUUUUCUACAAAAAGUACAAGAAAAAUACUGUGAACAAUUUUUUUUUCUCCAGGUACAGAGCUCGGACAAUUUUUAUGCGUCCCUUGUUCCUAAUUACUGUAAUACCUAAUCAGUAGAGAACUCUUGUUAUUUUUUAAUAUGAGUGUUAGGCAUACCUAGGGACAAAAAAAAAUAUUAUGAAUGACUUAGUCACAAUUUGCACAAGUCGAAUUUAUUAAGGAGUCAUUUUUUAUAUUCUAAUUUUAACUAAAUGACUUUUUGGCCCUUUUUAUUACAAUUUUCAUUAUAUUCCGAAUUAAUAGUGUUUUAAUGAGAAUUAAAAAGAGACAUUCCACACUGUAAAGUCAUUUUAAUCUGUACAUAAUAUAAACAAAAUCUUGAAUGACGUUUUAAGUAUUACAUUAACUAAAAAGAUAUGUGACUCUGAGUGAAAAAAAAAUGAUAGAAUAAAAUCCGAGUGUUUCUCUGCAUAUCGUGUUGAAAAAUAUGUGAAGAGUGUUUUUUAAAAAAUAUUUCAUAUUUCUCGAAUCGAAAACUCAAUUAUAGUGAGUCGUGUUUUUACAACUUAUUUUUCUAUAUUUAUUCUUGUAUGCGGAUUUUAAAUACGGAAUGUUAAAAAAAAAAAAAACUUAAAUCAUCUCAAUUAAUAUUAAAUUCGAUACUUAGGGUCUUCCAAUGAGCUCAAAAUUAAUUACAACACUUAUUUUUUACAAACAUUAAUUUAAAAACAAAUCGUCUUAAUAAUUAUUAUUAUUGUUACUAAAAAUAAAAUAUGAUUGCGAUUAAAUAUAAAAAUUUCUUUUACUGAAAGAUUUUUCACAAUAAAACGUAUAAAAACCCUA